GUCGCAGUGCCAACCACAGAGCCUCUACUGUAAAAUCGUUGUAGUUGUAGUUGUUGCAGUUGCAUUACAUUGAAAGAGACAACCGGAAGCUUUGCUGCGUGCGUACAGGAGUUUGACGCCUCAUCCAGAGAGAGGCUCUGGUGGUUUUGGUCCAAGCCGACCCUACUGAGCAAUAUGACCGCUAAGAAGUCUGGCUCACGACUGGAAACCGAGAUAGAGCGGUGCCGUUCAGAAGGACAAUGGGAUAAAAUACCGGAGUUAGUUCGGCAACUCUCGGCUAAACUGAUAUCAAAUGACGACUUAGGGGAGCUGUUGCUGGGGGAAUGUAAGCUUCAGACGUACUUGAAGGAGAAUCCAAUCAAACAGGGUUCCAGCCCUAGGGGCCCACGACCAAAACUGGUAGAGGUCAGGAAGCACCUCACUGCUGCUCUGGACAGAGGAAACCUCAAGGCACAUUACCUCCAGGAGGCGAGUCUUCUCAUGGCCAAGCUCAGCUAUGUGGAGGCAGAAUACAGAGAUGCUUUAGGUCAGUACAACAGGGUGAAUCUGGAUGACAUGCAGCUGGCUGGGGCUCCAGUGUACAGGCUCUCCAUGAUAGCAGAGGCCUAUGCCACUAAAGGCUUGUGCCUCGAGAAAGUCCCAGCCGCCUCUCCAUUGCUGUCCAACCAGAAUGCCGGGUCUCCCUCCAGCAAUAGGAGCAGACCUGAGCGAGAGCAGGAAAUCAUCACCUGUUAUGAAAAAUCUGGAGAUAUUGCUCUACUCUACCUGCAGGAGGCUGAAAAGGCAUUGUCAGCUGGAAUUCAGAACCGCAGCCCAAAGCCUGGCCCAGCUUCCCAGGAGCAGGAACUGGGUUACUUCCUUGAGACAGGCCUGCAGAGGGCUCAUGUCAUUCACUUCAAGAAUGGAAAUCUGACACAUGGUGUUGGACGAUUUCGAGAAAUUCUUCGCGCUGUUGAGACCAGGACAACGCAGAACUUGCGAAUGACCAUAGCAAGACAGCUUGCAGAGAUCUUGCUCCGAGGAAUGUGUGAACAGAGUUACUGGUCUCCGGUGGAAGACCCGCCAACCGUGUCGCCGCUGGACGAUCCCACGCGGCAAGGACACAUCCAAAGCAAGAAGUACAGCUUAAGCCGACGCCCACGGGUGUACUCAGGAGAGAAUCUGUUUUGCCCUCAGGAGAACACAGAGGAAGCGUUAUUGCUGCUCCUCAUCAGUGAGUCCAUGGCUAAUCGCGAUGCUGUCCUGAGCAGGAUCCCUGAACACAAUAAUGAUCGAAUCAUCAGUUUACAGUCCGCCUCUGUGGUGUAUGACCUGCUUACAAUAGCACUUGGCAGGAGGGGACAGUAUGAGAUGCUAUCUGAGUGUUUGGAGCGAGCCAUGAAAUUUGCCUUUGAGGAGUUCCAUUUGUGGUACCAACUCGCCCUGUCUUUAAUGGCUGCUGGAAAAUCCGCUCGUGCUGUUAAAGUUCUAAAGGAGUGUAUUCGUCUAAAGCCUGAUGACCCCACCAUCCCACUGCUGGCUGUCAAACUGUGCAUCGGACCCCUGCACUGGUUGGAUGAGAGUGAGUGCUUUGCCAAGAUGGUGAUUGACAUGGGGGAGAAGGCAGCGGAGUUCAGAGCCAAGGGCUAUUUGGCCAUUGGAUUGGUUUAUAGCCUGAAAGCCACUGAUGCAUCACUGCGAAGCACACAAGAAGAAUAUCAGAGGAAAGCUUUGGGAGCCUUUCAGAGAGCACAAAGUCUGUCUCCAACGGACCAUUUAGCAGCCUUCUACCUUGCACUGCAGCUCGCUGUGUCCAGACAGAUUCCCGAGGCGUUGGGCUACGUUCGACAGGCAUUACAGCUUCAAGGGGAUGACGUUCACUCCCUCCACCUACUGGCCCUGCUGCUGUCAGCACAGAAACACUACCAUGAUGCUCUCAAUAUUAUAGAGAUGGCCCUUUCUGAAUAUCCUGAGAACUUCAACUUGCUAUAUACCAAGGUGAAGUUGGAGAGCAUGUGCAGAGGACCAGAGGAAUCUUUGCUCACCUGUAAACACAUGUUGCAGAUCUGGAAGAGCUUUUACAACCUUACAAACCCCAGUGAUUCAGGGCGAGGCAGCAGUUUGUUGGAUAGAACUGUAGCGGACCGACGACAGCUCAACGCCAUGACUCUGCCAGACUUCAGUGACCCAGAAACCGCCUCAGGUUCUUCCUCUUCUCAUACUGGGUCUGAACCAGUGUCCCCCACCUCCCCCUCCUCCAUAUCCACGCUGUCCUCCCCGCUCUCCUCCCCGUCCUCUCCCGUUUUCAUUCCUCAGCCUUCUCCUCCCUCCAAAAAGUCUUCUUUCUUGCCCCCUGCUCCUCCUCCACCUGCACCUCCUCCUCCCCUGAUGACCACCAAAGCAAGGCCUCACUCCAUUUGCAACCACGUCCCUGUUCGCCAACUCUCCUCCAACUCCAACGUGCCACUAGGCGGCCUUCAGGACGCUAACACUCUUGGUUUUUCUUCCAUGUUUUCUGUUUGUUCUGUACAUGCUACAUCAAUAGCAGCCAGUCGCGUGGAGCAGGCUCUGUCGGAGGUGGCGUCUUCCCUGCAGAGCAGUGCACCCAAGCACGGACCCCUGCACCCCUGGAUGACACUGGCCCAGAUUUGGCUGCAUGCAGCUGAGGUUUACACUGGCAUGUCGAAGCCUGCUGAGGCGUCGGCCUGCACACAAGAAGCCGCCAACCUCUUCCCCACGUCCCACAAUGUGCUGUUCAUGAGGGGCCAGAUAGCGGAGCUCCGGGGUAGCAUUGAUGAGGCAAAACGCUGGUACGAAGAAGCCCUGUCCAUCAACCCGACGCACGUCAAAACCAUGCAGAGAUUGGGUCUCAUUCUCCAUCAGCUGCAGCGCUACAGUUUGUCAGAAAAAGUGCUGAGGGACGCUGUGCAGGUCAACAGUACGGCUCAUGACGUGUGGAACAGUCUCGGCGAGGUGUUGCAGGCUCAAGGGAACGCCGCUGCCGCCACUGAGUGUUUCCUCACUGCUUUGGAGCUGGAGGCCAGCAGCCCCAUCCUGCCCUUCACCAUCAUUCCAAGAGCACUAUAAGUACUGCAGAAGUACAUAAACAGCAUGUCUGCAUGCCACGAGCUGCACAACACUGGUGCAUGCUCAGACACACACACACACACUUUGGACAGAUGUUUUUGUAUAUGCUUGUGUAUAUAUAAAUAUAUAUAUAUAAAUAUAUAGAUGUGUGUGUGGUUUUCUUGUGAUGCAAUUGGAGUUCCAACUUCCUCCACGAAGAGUUUACAGAAGCCCUGGGAGGAAGCAGUGUACAACAAAUGUAGCUAAACCCCGACGCCAAACUACUCCUCUGAUUGCCAAAAUACGCACUUCUAUCUGCACACACCCACUUUCCUGUGUGCAGGUUGAAAUUGAAGUGCGUUGAAUGCGUAUGUACAAGUUCCUGUUACGUAACCACACGGCCACGUCUCGUAUUAUUGAAAUGUUCCUUGUGUGUUUUGGUAUUGUGGUUCCCGGGCUGACUCGACAAACCGGUUUGAGCAAAAGAGCAGCCAUGCUACACGUGAACUCACCUUAGGUUCAUAUCCCCAGCUGGAUGCAAAAGCAGUAUUUUGUCGCGCAAAGUCGUGUAAUGAAGCAUAUUUGCCAGAAAUAGCCCUUCGAUUAGAAUGGAGUUGAAUUGAAAGCAAGGCUAAUUGCUGUGUUUUAGGUGUGGUGGAUGUUAAUUCGUCUACAAACCACCAAAAAAUAGGUUAUUUCUUCAAACACAGCUCCGGUUCAGAUGUUUAAUGCUUGUAUGUUCAUUGGAUUGUGUCAUGUGCUUACAAGAGAUGAUAUGUGCUUUCCUUUAUGCUGUAAAUGACUGAACUGAGGAUGAUAAUAAAAGUACCGUACAUUCAUGUUACCAGCAUGGUGGUGUGGGUGUGUGUUUGUGUGUUUGUGUGUGUCCUCUUGUGUGUUAUUUAUCCUUUGUGUCCUGGAGAUUCAAUGAAACACAACACAGCUCCCCCAUCAGCAAGAAUAAUGAUAUCUCC